CCGACGACCAAACUUUCACCGCCGUAGUUGCCACAUUCCUUCUCCAUCGAUGGUGACGACUAGCCGACUUCCUCGAAGUAGCUAUUUCCACAAUCCUCUAUCUUUUUUACAGCAUCAGGCCUCUCCUCCGAAACUCCCAAUCUCAAGCCUCCACACAGGCCGCCGCCGCCGCAGCAUUACUCUGCCAUUCCUCCUCCCCAAUUGCCGCCGAAUCCGAUGAAUCCGCAGCCGAAGGAGCCGAUUGUUGUCCAGGAGAAGGAGGCGGAACAGUUGGUUUGAUUUGAUCGCGGGGGCGGAACUGAUGGUUUUGGAAACAAUGGAGCUCCUGUGCCGAAAGGAGAUCUUUCUACCUGAUUGAGGGUUUCUAGAUUCUCGAGGAUUGCAAUUGAACUGGGUAUCCUUCCUUUAAGCCUGUUGCCCGAAAGAUCCACACGGGUGAGAUUCUCGACCAAAUGCUUCGGAAUCGAGCCCGUGAGAUUCCCAUUCGUGAUGGUGAGCAGAGGGCGAGGUCGAGAUCUGAAGGGAAACGGAUAGCGGUAAUGGGGCAGUCGGCGAAGGAGAGAGACUGGAGGGUGGAGAGGGACUUGAGGGCGAUGAAGGAGAGGGAAACGUCGUCGGAACAGUUGGAGAGGUGGAGGGAGACGACGUGGCAGAAUGGGGAAGGCUGGGGGCAGGGGUCUUGGAAGUGGAAGGAGAUGGGAUGGUCUUGGGAGGAGGGACGAUGACCGGGGAAGAGGUUGGGGUGACAGCUAGAGCGACGGCGGCGGUGGGCGUGGUGGAUUUGCCGGCUGCAGAGGCGGAGCUGUGCUGGCUUUUUAGGGGGGUUGGGGAAAUUUGGAGAAGAAGAUGAUAUUAGUGGAGGGGGAAGGACUGGGAGGUGAGAAUUGUUUUUAUUUUUAAUUUUUUCAUUUCAUUAAAUAAGCCACGUCAGCGAGCUACGUAGGAUCCUAUUAAGCGCUGACUGGGCGUUGAAAAGUCGCCAGUUAUGUUUAACGGCCCAACUAACGGAGAAAACAUUUUAGUAUACAAAUGGCAUAUCGAAAACGAUGUAAUAUUAAUGGCACUUUCGCUAAAGGAUGGUAUUUCCGGUGGUAUUAGCCCUUUAAUUUACUAGUGUUUUGUUUGUUAUGUAAUGAGUUAGCGUGUUUACUGAUUAGGUGAAUUUGUUCAAAUUUCAUUUUAUUCGUGAUUUGUUGAGUUAGCUCACUUAAAAUUUACGAGAUAGCUCGAAAGUGUGCUCGCAAGAGGACUUGAUUAGGAGCUUGUGAGUCAAUUGAUCUAUUGUAUGUGACCUACUUAUCGAUAAAUUCACAAAUGAGAU